CUGUGUUUGUGCCAUAGAACUCUGUACAAAUAAUUCAAGCAGAAGAGUAAUAUGUCAUAAAAAGGAAUCCAAAGGUGAGUUCCGUGAGAUACCAGGAAAGAAUGCUGCAUGCAAAUGACAUGGGUUUAUGACAUGUACUGCCCCAGUUCAGAGUGUGGAGCUAGUGAGUGGCCAGAGAGAGUUAGCAGGCAGAGGUGUUUCCUUUGUGUAGUUCUCAAUGGAUAUUGAUAUAGUGAAGGGCUUGGGUGCCUUCCACAGAGGAAGGGCUAACUCUACAGGGUCAGUAUUGGCACUGCUGAAGGUACUCUUGCUGUUGCUGCUGCCCUCCCCAUUGUCAGCCAAUGUUUGGAAUAAUAAGGAAAACCAUACCAAUACAGUAAUCAUAGGCAUGAGAUUGGAGGGCACGAGCAAACCGCUGGCCAAUGACAUGAAAUAUGGCAUCAUACAAGUGGUGGAGGGAAGCAACAUCCAGCUCAAGCUCUUUGGGCAAAACUUCAAUAGGUUAACCUGGGAAACAGUGCACUUUGUUGAGGUUCUUGAUGUCCAUAAUGUCAGCUGUGAUAUAGCGAGCAGUGACUUGCUGGUGAAGUCAUUCGUUAAUGUCAUACAGGAGACUUCUGUGGUGCUGAGUGUGCAAGUUGCGACCCUGAGGAAGGAAGACAACCUCAAAACCUAUAUGAUGUGUCUUCAUCACCAUGAGCCAAAGCCACAGAAGUUCAAUAACAAGGAUUUAUUCAUCCAAGUGAUUGAGGAAGAGAAACCACUCCUACCUCAUUGGUUUCUAAUCAGCUCAAUCUUCAUCCUCUUGGGGCUUUCGGGCAUGUUCAGUGGUCUCAACCUAGGCUUGAUGUCCCUGAAUCUCAUGGAGCUGCGCAUCGUUCAAAAGUGUGGCACAGCCAAGGAGAGGAAAUAUGCCUCCAGGAUUGAGCCCAUCCGCAAGACGGGCAAUUACUUGCUGUGCUCUUUGCUGCUCAGCAACAUUUUAGUCAACAACUGCCUCGCCGUGCUGUUUGACACCAUUCUUGGCAAAAACCUCCUGGCUGUCCUAACCUCUACCUUUUGCAUUGUCAUCUUUGGGGAGAUUCUCCCCCAGGCCAUCUGCUCUCGUCAUGGCUUGGCCGUGGGGGCCAACACUGUGUUUGUCACCAGGUUUGUCAUGUUUGUGAUGUUCCCACUCUCUUACCCUAUCAGCAGGUUCCUGAACUUUUUGCUUGGCAAAGAAAUCGGUACCAUCUACAAUCGAGAAAAGCUGAUGGAGAUGCUGAAGCUGACACAGCCAUUUAACGACUUGAUGAAAGAUGAGUUGAACAUUAUUGAGGGGGCACUGGAGCUGAGGAACAAAACAGUGGAGCAUGUCAUGACUCCAUUACAGGACUGCUUCAUGAUCAACAGCAAUGCCGUCCUGGAUUUCAACACAAUGACUGAGAUCAUGGAGAGCGGCUACACUCGCAUCCCCAUUUAUGAUCAGGAAAGGUCCAAUAUUGUGGAUAUGUUAUAUGUCAAGGAUCUCACUUUUGUAGACCCUGAUAUCAGAACCCCUCUCAAGACUAUCACAAAGUUUUAUAACCACCCAGUCCAUUAUGUCUCCCACACUACCAAACUGGAUGAAAUGCUUGGAGAGUUCAAAAAAGGUAAAUCUCAACUGGCCAUUGUCCAGAUGCAGGAGGAAGAUGACGAUGAGUCCAGGCAUCUUGUGAUUGGUGUGGUGACCCUGCAGGAUGUGAUUGAGCAAAUAAUCAAAUCAGAGAUCAUGGAUGAAUCCGAUAUCUACACUGACAAUCGCACCAAAAAACGAAUUGUCUAUGGAAGGAAAUGGGAUUUCUCUUCCUUUAAGGACAGUGACAGUGAAGCCAAAGUGAAGAUCAGCCCUCAGCAACUUUUGGCUGCAGUCCGCCUUCUCUCCACAGAGGUGGUACAAUUCUCCCCAGUCCUCAUUUCCGAGAAGUAUCUGCUGCGUCUCCUUAAGCACCGUGAUGUCAUCUGCGAGCUGAAGCUCAGCGAAGAGAACAAGAACGUCCCUCCCCGUCUCUAUUUGUACCAAAAGAAUAAGCCGGCCAGUUACUUCAUUCUCAUCUUGCAGGGGAAGGUGGAGAUAGUAGCUGGCAAAGAAAACAUUAAGUCUGAGGAUGGGCCCUUCUCUUACUUUGGGGCAAUGGCCCUGAGCUCAUCUCUUGUGGCAGAAUCCGGCUCCUUCGGUUUCCUGAGCAGCGCCAGUCACCGGACUUCAGUUAGCCACCCGGAACGUCAGGCGACCUUUGGCAGUAGUAUAAGCAACAUAGUCCUCCCCAGCCCCAGCAACUUCCAGUACAUACCGGACUUCAGUGUCUGUGCCCUCACUGACCUACUCUAUGUGAAGAUCACUCGGGAGCAAUACCAGAAUUGUUUGGUGGCCUCACUUUUGGAGAGCAACUCCGUAGCAGAGAGCCGAUUCCGAGAUCAAGUUGAGAUCACCUCUGACCAUGAGCCUCUCUAAACCCAGCCUCUUCGGUGGCCUGUCCUAGUCUGUCCCAGGGCUCAGCUAGCUCCUCCCCCGGACAAGAAUCAAGAAGGGAAAUUUGUGUCAAAGUGAGAAUAGCUCCGUGAUUUGAGCAGACCAUGUGAUCCAGAUUCCGAAGCAUAUGCCUGCUUCUCCCAGUAGUGUGAGCAUUAACAGGUGUUACUUUGCUGUCCUUUAGUUAUUUAAGAUGAUCAAUAGUCAGCACCAUGAUAACAAAUAGAAGACUAAGAUUGUUUGGCUUCCUCUUCAUCCCCACUACAUUUCUCUUUUUGGGUCUUCCCAGAUAGCAAUCAAUUGCACAGUGUUCAAAGCUUUCACACAAAUGCAAUCUUACUCCCUAUACACAUGCAGCAGCAAACCUCUGCACAAUUUUCUACACAUUAUUAUAUUUUGUAAAUAUAAACUACAGAUGACCUCUUCAAUGUGUAAGAGAUAUUAUUAAAAUAAUGUGUAGAAAGCUGUGUAAGCUACAACAGAAUCGAGCAAACAUUUCAGUGUAACAUAUUACACCAAAUUUUCAGUAUAAAAAGAAUAGAAAAUAUUUUACACAUUAAAGAGGUCAUUUGAAAUUUGUCUUUGGAGAAGUGUAAUCUGUAUUUCAUAGUGGUGUGCAUGGACCAAUGUUAGUGGCUUGGUUCUAAUUUGGAUCAAAUUUUAAUCAAACCGCUGGUCCGUGAACUGACUUGCCUCUGCUCAUUGAUUGAACUGGAUCCACCGGAUUGAACCAUUCUGCUGCAGACAGGGCUCGGUUCGGUUCUGUCUCAGACUGGCCCAGCAAUCCUGGAGGCUGUUCCAUUACACAAUCAAACCAUUGAACUGGCCUGGUUAAUGGUGCACCUGGUCAUGAUCAAACAUUUCAUGCACACCCCAAGUAUUUCAUCACUGGUAUAUCAUCUUUGUAAUCAUGCCAAGCAAGGACCUUGCACAAUUUUUGCAGCUCCACUUGCAGAACAGUUCUUGCAUUCAGAGAAGAACCCACCCCUUUUAGUUACUACUUUUGUAGUGAUGGAUUCUUGUUGGAAUGUAAGAUCUUUCCAAUGGGGGGCACUGCACAAAUCACACAAAAUGCCUGCUUGGCAUGUAUAGAGGAUAAGAUUAAAUUAGUCACGCUGAAGCAUGCAGCGGCAUGUGUACAGAGUAUAUAAGAUCAUGUGCUUGGUACUUGGCUUGCACAAAAACUUUGAAUAUCUUGCAACUUAUCACUAUCUGGAAAGACCCUUUGUUGUUACUGGCUCAUGGUAGAGUCAACCAGGAAGUUCUGCUCCACUGAAAUGAAUGGGAGCUAAAAGCCCAAUGGCCAUCCAUUUACUGCACAAGCAGACCUAGUAAUUUCAGUGGAGAUCACACAGGAGAACAUUCCAAAAAACUAGUCCCUCCCACAGGAAAGAGUAAAAACAUCCACCUGCUGUUUUAAAAUGCUACAAAUUUUACUCAUGGUUCAUAAGUAUGUUCACUGGAUUUCUUGUGCUUUGUUUCCUUUUUCUUUUUUUCUACAAAAUGCAAAUGAAAUAUAAAAAUUAUAGAAAGAUAAUCAAAUGUUUAAAAAAAUAUUUUGAAUAAAUGCAUUAUUUUUGAAACAA